AUGGAUACUAUCAAAUCAACGUGGAGUGAAUUUAAAGAUUUACACACUGACUCUAAAUUUGGAGGUGAUGACAAAAUAGAGAGUACAAUGUUUGCGAAUGAUGUUUUCAAAACUGAGGAUGUUAUCAAAGACGAUGGUAACAAUGAGAGAUUAACAAAUGAUGGAAUUUUCCCAUAUGAACGAAAUGCAUAUCCACUUCAGCAGGGAAAAUUAUUGUCGCAUCAUGAAAAGAUGGCUGAGAAAUCGAGCAAAUUUGACCGAAAAGACAAAGGAUUUCCAGUUAUGCUUGGUCAAGCUAAGCCUGAAAAAUGGUUUAAAAAAUCGUCACAACAAUUAAGUGCGGAAAAGCGAAUUAAAGAUAAUGAUGAUGAGUUAACCACUGGUGAUUUUUCAUUAUCGGAUAGAAUUGUCGAAACAGAUGAAGGUGUUGUAUUCACAUCAACUCAAAGUGCUGCAAUUACCACAACAUUAUCGUUCAGAGAAUCGACACCAUUAUACUGGGUUAUUCAAGAUCCUAGGCUGAAAAAACGAAGACGUAUGGAACUUCGAAAAAAGAACAAAUACGAAAAUAAGUUGGAUCAUAGAGCAGUGACGACAGUUGCAACAACUAAGUCUCGUUUCAAGGUACAGGUCGAUCAUCGUUUUGAGUUACCAUUAAUUGAGGAUAAGACGGUGGUAUUUUCGAUUACAAACGAUGCAAAAAUAACGGAAUAUCAAUGGAUUGCUUUACGUGAUCACUGUUCUCAGAGAACGAUUCCUCUCUUAUCACUGAAAGGAAUCGAUCCACCGCAUGAGGAAAAAUUUGGUGCAUUAUUGGGUCAAUCUCAUAACGUUACAUCACAUCGUGUUCAAAUUUUGAAUUGUAAUACAAUCUUUAUACCAGGUUUUGUGUUCAAUCAAGGAAAUGACCCACCAGAAACAUAUUUCUACGCAGGUAUUGGACAUUUUCCGGACAGAAUCGAAAAACAAGUACGCGCCUAUGUUGUUGGACAACCACCCGAUCAACCGUUAAGAAAUUAUAAUGGUGAAAAUGUGAUGAUACGCUUACCGAAGACGUACCGUACGUUUGAUAUUGACUUCAUUUCGGUAUUCAAUGAAAUAGAGGGACGCUCUUAUGGACACGUUAUUACGCCUAACUUGCUUGUACCACCGUGUAAUGAUUAUGAUGUUAUCUAG